AUGUCUACAUGGUGGUUAGUUGUAGCGGUGGUGGCGGCGGCGGCGGGGCUGGUGACGGCCGAGGACCGCUACCACCCGGAGUGGCUCGCGGCUCGCGAGGCCGGCGCAGCCACGAGGAGGGCCGCCGAGUCCGAGGCAAGCUUCUGGGUGCGGGAGGCGCAGGAAGCCAUCGAGAGACGCGAGCGAGAGGGGGCGGGCGCGAAGCAAGCAGCCGGCCAUGCCAAGAACGUGGUCAUGUUCCUCGGAGACGGCAUGUCCGUGCCCACGCUGGCCGCCGCGCGCACGCUGCUCGGACAGCGACGCGGACAGACGGGAGAAGAGGCUAGCUUGCACUUUGAACAAUUCCCCACUCUCGGUCUUGCGAAGACCUACUGCGUGGACGCUCAAGUCCCGGACUCGUCGUGCACGGCGACGGCAUACCUGUGCGGCGUGAAGGCCAAUCAUGGCACCCUCGGAGUGACGGCCGCCGUUUCUCGGCGUGACUGCGAGGCUUCCAACGACGUCACCAAGCGGGUGCAGUCCAUCGCCGAGUGGGCACUGGCUGACGGGAGAGAUGUUGGUAUAGUGACAACCACUCGCGUCACGCAUGCCUCUCCGGCGGGCACUUUCGCCAAAGUCGCCAACAGGAACUGGGAGAAUGAUAACGACGUGAAACAAGAAGGCCACGACGUCAACCGCUGUCCAGACAUCGCUCACCAGCUGAUCAAGAUGGCGCCAGGAAACAAAUUUAAAGUGAUCUUUGGCGGAGGAAGACGAGAAUUUUUACCGACAACCCAAGUCGAUGAAGAGGGCACCCGAGGUCUAAGAACAGACGGCCGCAAUCUGAUCGAAGAAUGGCAGAACGAUAAGGAUUCGCAGAAUGUGAGCUACAAGUAUCUGUGGAAUCGACAGGAACUUUUGGAACUGGGUUCGUCUCCGCCCGACUACCUGCUCGGACUGUUCGAGGGCAGUCACUUGCAGUACCAUCUCGAGGGAGAUGAGAGCACGGAGCCAACCCUCGCCGAGCUAACAGACGUUGCCAUCCGCGUGCUGAGUCGCAACGAGCGCGGUUUCUUCUUGUUCGUGGAGGGAGGGCGCAUCGACCACGCGCAUCACGACAACUACGCGCACCUCGCGCUCGAUGAGACCAUUGAGAUGGAUCGGGCCGUGAAAGUGGCCACAGACGCACUCAAGGAGGACGAGUCCUUGGUGGUAGUGACCGCUGACCACACCCACGUCAUGUCGUUCAACGGGUACUCACCGCGAGGAAUGGACGUGCUCGGGGCGGUGCAAAUGUUGGACAGAAGCAGGGUUCCUUUCAUGGUGCUCUCGUACACCAACGGACCCGGAGCAAGGAUCCAGCAGAACGGCGUUCGACCCGACGUGACGACCGACGCCAACUUCGGUGCGCUGCGCUGGAGGACGCACACGGACGUCCCGCUGGACUCGGAGACGCACGGCGGAGAUGACGUCACGGUGUUCGCAUGGGGCGUGCACCACUGGAUGUUCUCUGGUCUGUACGAGCAGACGCACGUGCCACAUCGCAUGGCGUGGGCAGCCUGCAUGGGCCCGGGCCGCCACGUCUGCGUCUCGGCUGCCACUGUGCCCACUGCGGCGCUGCUUUCUCUCUUGCUCGCCGUCUUCAUCACCUUGCGGCAUCAAUGCUUUCUCUAA